AAUAUUCAUUGUUUCAGGCGAGCAAUCUAUGGAGUUAAUCGUAUCGAUGUCAGUAUCACACCUCUUAUUCAAUUAUUCUUCAAACAGGUUUUGUCGCCUUUCUACGUGUUCCAAAUGUUCAGUGCUAUUGUCUGGUUCGUGGAAUGGUAUUACUACUACGCUGGGUUCAUUGUUUUUGUCUCUGUUCUUUCAAUGUCAGUUGCCAUCUACCAGAGUAGAACGACAGAAUUGGCACUGCGCAGCACGAUCGAAUCGUCUUCCAGUGUCCUUGUGUACCGGGGGAAGAAUGUGUAUGAGGAGAUAUCAUCCGAUGAUCUGGUACCCGGUGACGUUAUAGAGAUUCCAAGACAAGGCUGCAUGAUGCAGUGUGACGCAGUCCUGGUGUCAGGAAAUUGUAUAGUAAAUGAGGGCAUGUUAACAGGAGAAAGCGUGCCAAUUACAAAGACACCUCUUCCGAAUCCUAACAUGUCGAGGUCACAGGCAGACGUCAUGUUUAGUAUGCGCGAACAUGCGCGUCACGUUUUAUUCUGUGGUACAAAGAUCAUCCAGACUCGUUACUAUGACAAACAUAAAGUUCGAGCUGUCGUCAUCAGAACAGGUUACAAUACAGCUAAAGGAGAACUUGUGCGGUCAAUCAUGUUUCCAAAGCCUGUGGACUUCAAGUUUGAAGUAGACACGUAUAAAUUCUUGGCAUUUCUCUCAUGCAUUGCCUUAUUUGGAUGUGUCUACACUUUCUGGGUCACGGCGGAUAAAGGGAUUGUGUUUGACGAGGUAGUCCUCAUGGCACUUGAUCUUGUCACGGUGGCCGUUCCUGCAGCACUUCCGGCCGCUCUGACAAUUGGCAUCGUGUUCGCUCAAUAUCGACUGAAAAAGGGAGGAAUUUACUGUAUUAGUCCAAGAAGAAUCACAGUUAGCGGGGCUUUAAAUGUCGUCUGUUUUGAUAAGACUGGUACAAUAACUGAAGAUGGACUGGACAUGAAAAGCGUUAUACCAGCCACAGACGGCAAAUUUUCAGCUGAGGUAUCGUCAAUAUCUACUCUGACAAGGAGUCCGAUCAUGACUGCCAUGACAACAUGUCAUUCUCUGACAAUAAUUGACGACCAGCUGUGUGGUGACCCAAUUGAUCUUAUUAUGUUUGGUGCCACUAAAUGGGAGUUAGAGGAGCCAGGCCAGGAGGAAACAAGGUUUGAUCAGAUGGCUCCGACCAUUGUGAAACCCGUUGCUGCCAUCAAUAACAUAUAUAACGACUCCUUCGACUCAAAUUUUCAGCUACCUGUGGAUGAGAUUGGUGUGAUCAGACAAUUUACAUUCUCAUCAAGUCUACAACGGAUGUCUGUCAUCACUCGCAAGCUAGGGGACAGUCACUUUGAACUUUAUAUGAAAGGAGCACCGGAGAAAGUCAUUACCCUAUGUAAAUCAGACACAGUGCCAGUCGACUUCCACGACGUGCUGACCCAGUAUACACAGAGAGGGCUACGAGUGUUAGGCCUAGCCUGGCGACCACUUCCUGGCAAAUUAAAAUUCACAAAAAUUCAGCGAAUACAGAGAGAACAAGUGGAGAAAGACCUACGGUUCCUCGGUCUUAUGGUCAUGGAGAAUAGAUUGAAGCCUUCCUCUGCCUCUGUCAUCCACCAGUUAAAGGAGGCAAACAUUCGUCCAGUGAUGGUGACCGGUGAUAAUAUGCUGACCGCUCUGAGUGUAGCCAGAGAGUGUGGAAUGAUUGACCACAAGGACAACAUUAUUCUAAUUCAAGCUUACCCUGCCCAUGGAAUGACUGAAGCAUCACUGGAGUAUAUAUACACGGACAGUAAGGAACCGGACGACCUGGACCUCAUCACAUUAUCAGGAGGGAGAAUAGGGAACGUAGAUUUUUCAGAGCAUUUUAAUGAGGUCAACUCGAAGUACCACUUAGCAACUGAUGGCCGUUCCUGGGCUGUGAUAAGGCAGUUUUUCCCCGACAUGAUACCAAAGCUGGCAGUAAAAGGGACUGUGUUUGCUAGAAUGUCACCAGAACAGAAGGCACAGCUUGUAGAGGAACUGCAGGAAUUGGAGUACUAUGUUGGGAUGUGUGGUGAUGGAGCCAAUGACUGUGGAGCCCUGAAGACAGCACACGCUGGUAUAUCUCUGUCAGAGGCGGAGGCAUCCGUCGCCUCACCCUUCACAUCCAAAACACCUAACAUUGAAUGCGUGCCUACCCUUAUUAGGGAAGGACGGGCCGCCUUAACAACGUCGUUCGGAAUCUUCAAAUACAUGUGUAUGUACAGCUUGGUGAUGUUUACAACAAUUACAAUAUUGUAUUGGAAAAAUGCAAACAUGUCCGACUUCCAGUUUCUGUACAUCGAUAUGAUUCUUCUUACUACGCUCAGUAUUACAUUCAGCUGGUCAGGGCCAUAUCACAAACUAGUACCCGAACCGCCCCUCCUCAAACUCGUUGCCAUAGCUCCAAUACUAUCAGUGCUGGCACAAACUGCCAUUUCGAUGGCCUUCCAGGUAUUUGUGUACUUCAACAUCGCGGAGCAAGUCUGGUUCGUACCUUUUGUGGAGAACGACGAAUGGGACUACAAGUGUCACGAGGUCACCACUUUAUUUAUUGUGUCCAGUUGCCAAUAUUUCUUCCUCAGUAUUGCCUUUUCGAAAGGAGCUCCUUAUAGGAAAUCUGUUUUUACUAACUAUCCAUUUAUGGUGAACCUGGUCAUUUGUUUCGCGAUGAACACGUGGUUAACACUUUACGCUGGAAAAGAUGCUGAAGAUUUUAUGGAGCUGGAUCCUGCCCCAUUCCUCUACCGCCUGAUCAUACUAGGGAUUACCUUCAUCAACGGAUUUAUAUCAGUAUUGUUUGAGAUGUACCUAAUAGACAAUAAGUUUAUCAGUAACACCUUGCAAACGAGAAUAGAGGAACUAUUCAAAGGGACAUCAUAUAGGUAUCUCGAAGUUGAAAAAGACAUCGAAAAAGACACUGCGUGGCCUCCUACGCAAACAAAGCCAUCCAAUCUGGUGGAUGCGUUCGCUAGGAUGGAUAGUGCACAUACUGCCCAGGAUUUUGACCAAAACAGUCUUUUGAGUAGCCUUCUUUACUCGAGCAGUGGUUCAUACCGGUCCCAUAGUCUUCAUUCAACAGGCUCACUGAAAUUCUCUUCCGGGUCCUACAAUGUUGGAAAACACGAAGAACAAAUGGUCGGUUCUAUUGGUAAAGAACAGGAUGCUACUUCAAUGGGCGCUAUAUUCCCGUAUCUCACUAAAAUGGAGGACAUCACUGUGAAACAUUAUGGUAACGUUGAAGGAUUCGUCAACUCUAUUCAACCGAAUUCCAGUUAUUCCCGAAACAAAUCGCCAUAUGAAAUGGAUUCCGACGACGAUCGAGAGAACAUAGAUGGAAACACACGACCGCCUGAAAAUCAUUUAGGCAACCAAAGCAUUGAACUUGGUCCACAUGAAGGGAUAAUUUCUUCUGUGAGACCUGUCACAGAUCACCAUGUCGUACCUGAGAUAGAAAUUGUGAAUUCUGAAAAUAAAUCUAAACCUAAUAUAAUGAUAGAUAUCGACGAAGGCGAAAGCGAGUCGCCAAUGAAAGGGAUAUUAGACCAGAAUGUUAUCGAACAUCAAUCAUCGGUAGUUGAAAAUAAUGCCACACAGUAUUCUACUUUACCCGCAUUAGAAGCUGAUACUAGAGCUGAAAAAGACUUAUUGCUUGGACACGAGUCCGCCCAAUGUGGGGAUCAUAGCAUGGUUCAAUCACAUAUACCGGAAGACAGCCUACCAGAAACUGAAAUGUCAUACAACCUUCAUAAGGACGAAACAAAUGCAAUUUCGGUAGAACAGGCGUCUACACAGAAAGACGAAAACGCAAAGAAUGAUCAACUCCCAAUUAUUUCUUCACAACUAGAGACAGACGCUGAUUGUUAUACUUCUGAAGAUGUAGCUAGUACGAAUUCGGGACAAAAGUCAGGUAAAAUAGACAAACAAUGUGGUUUGCUUCAGGAAGUCGGUCAGCUUGAUCUAGCGUCACCGGGAGCAGAUGAUAAACAUGAAGUGCAGAAGGAUGAAAUCAAGGUGCUUCCUAAACUGGAAAAUAAUCAGAACAAUGAACCCGACAUAGUGCUGCGAGACAUUGAAAUGGAAUCAAACCUCCACGAGUUUUCAGAAGAGAAUGCGAAGGUUGGAAGCAUAACACCAGAAGGGCAUGUACAUAAUGAUGAUAUUGAUAGUACUCAGCUAUAGAAUGCACAAAAAUAACAACGGCUUGGUUGAAGAAAUAUUACUUUUAAUGUUAAACCGAGUUUAUGCUCUCAUUUGAAGCUAUAGAACAACAUAAAAACAUUUAAAAAAAAAAAAAAAAAUGAACUGAAUUUUUCAAAGAUUUGAAAAUU